AUGCCGAAGAAGGUGUCGUACAAGCUGAAGAUUCGCAACACCAUCCUUGCGUCUCUCAACCGCGCCGACAAGUUCCUGCAGAACUUUGUGCUGGAAAAGCACGCCGAUCAGGUGCAGUCGCGGCUCGAUGCGGUCAACCAGGCCUGGGCGGAGUUCGAGGCGCUCCAGCUUGAGAUCGAGACCAUCGAGGAGGAGGACCUCAAGGAAGAGGAUGAUGCCACAGCCAUGGAGGAGGAACAUGAGCGAGUCCGAGAGCAGUUCGAGGGGUUGUACCACAAGGUAAGGGCAGGGUUGAAGUCGAGGUUGCCUUCUGGGGUUGCGUCUGGGUCUAGUGCAUGCGUUGCGCGUGCCGGCAUACAGUUGCCGAAGAUCACUUUGCCGAAGUUUAGUGGGGAGUACGAUGAGUGGUUGCCUUUCCACGACACUUUCAAGUCCCUCAUCCACGAAAACGUUGAUUUGACCGCGAUUCAGAAGUUCCACUACUUGCGAGACUGUCUUAUCGGUGAGGCCAAGAAGAUGAUCAACUCGAGUGAGUUCAGCGCGAAGAGCUACCAGGUGGUCUGGGACUUGUUGGUCAAGCGACAUGCCAACAAGUAUCUCCAGAAGAAGCGCUAUGUCAACGGGUUGCUUCAGUUUCCGCGAGUGAAAGGGGUGUCGUCGAGUAGCAUCCACGACGUGGUGGAUCACUUCAGCCGUUGUACGCAGAUUCUGGACCAGUUGGGCGAAGUGACCGGUGGCUGGGGCGUGAUGCUGACGCAGUUGUUGGUGUCGAAGCUGGAUGACGUGACGCAGAAGGAAUGGGAGGCGUUGGCAGCCAAGAAGGAGGACCCGCAGUUCACCGACGUGAUAGCGUUCCUGGAGGAGCGGACGAAGGUCUUGGAUGCGGUCGCAGUUGAUCAGCUGUUGGGCAGUCAGCGUGGUUCUCCCUCCGUAUCUUCGGUUCCAGCAGCCCAGCCCAAGAAAUCGUUCCCGAAGCUGACAGUGAACGCCGCUUCCGACUCUUCCUCUCCGAAGUGCAGAAUGUGUAGCGGCCCACACUUGCUUUCGAGCUGUUCGGACUUCAAGAAGUUGUCGCUGGAUGGUCGGAACAGGCUAGUUUUGUCGAAGAGGCUCUGCAGAAAUUGUCUGUGGAGUGGCCAUUUCGUGAGGGACUGCCAUGUCAGGAGUCGCUGCUCCAGCUGCAGCGAGAAGCACAACACCUUGCUGCAUCCUGUUGGUAGAACUGGUUCCGGUUCCACUCUGAGCACUGCGGUAACGGGAGAUUCACAGGAGGGUGGUUCGCGUUCCUUGACGGCGCCGACAGCUCAACCGCAAGCGGUGACGAGUUCGGUGGCUACAAUUUACGCUGCAAAUGUGGCAGCGGAGUCGUGGAAGGUCCACGUGUUCCUGUCGACGGUGCUCGUGGCGGUGAAGGAUUGCCAUGGCCGGUUGCAUACCGCAAGAGCGUUGCUCGAUAGCGGGUCGCAGGCGAAUCUAAUCAGUGAGCGACUGUGUCAGAUCUUGAGAUUGCCGCGGAAGAAGGUGAGCGUGCCGAUCUCCGGCGUCGGAAGUUCCCGUAUGCAGGUUGAUAGCUCGGUGUCGGCGAUUGUCUCUUCGCGUGUCACCAACUACACAGUCCCGAUGGAGUGUCUGGUGCUGAAGAAGGUGACGGAGGACCAGCCGUCGGCCACAAUUCCGAUCGACCAGUGGAACUUGCCCUCUGACAUGGUGUUGGCGGAUCCCGGAUUCCACAAGCGGGCUCCAAUCGAUUUGCUGUUAGGGCUGGAGUUCUUCUACGAGUUCCUGUUGCUGAAUGGUGGCCGGGUGCAGAUCCAGCGGCCGGGAGAAGGUCUUCCGCUGUUCGUGAACACAGUUUUCGGUUGGAUAGCUGCGGGAAAGACUGAUCUGGGGAGUCUAAACCCCGUCCCGAGCUGCCACGUCUCCGUCAAUGCGACUUUGGAGGAGAAGAUCGAGCGUUUUUGGACGAUUGAGGAGUUGCAGGAGGCACCGAAGCGGUCGCAAGAGGAACAGGACUGUGAGGAGCAUUUUCAGGCCACGUUUUCACGCGACGUCACGGGUCGAUACGUGGUGCGACUUCCGAAGCGCAUGGGUUUCGAGAAGAUGGUCGGCGAAUCGCGAAAUAUGGCGGUGCGGCGGCUGAUGCAGUUGGAGCGGAGACUGGGCAAGGACGAAAGCUUGCGAAAGCGGUACAACGAGGCGAUUCAGGCGUACUUGGAUCAGGACCACAUGAAGGUUGUUUCGGAGGAGGAGCUGAAGGGCGACAAGCGGCUUGAAUGCUACCUGCCUCACCAUCCGGUCUUCAAGGAGUCCAGCACGACCACGAAGAUCCGGCCCGUGUUCGAUGGUUCUGCCAAGACGACGUCGAAUUUCUCGCUGAACGAGGCGCUGAUGGUUGGUCCGGUUCUCCAGGACCCGUUGUUCGAUUUGGUGCUGCGCUUUCGGAAGAAGCAGGUAGCCCUGGUUGCGGACAUCGAGAAGAUGUACCUGCAGGUUAAGGUCCAUCCGGACGAUACCCCUCUGCAGCGGAUUCUGUGGAGGCCUUCGCCGUCGGAGCCAAUAAGGACGUACGAGAUGCUACGGGUGACGUUUGGGUUGGCCCCAUCGUCAUACCUUGCCACGCGCUGUAUGCAGCAGCUGGCGCAGGACGAAGGAGAGGUGUAUUCACGUGCGAAGGAAGCACUGUUGCGUGACUUCUACGUGGACGAUUUCAUCGGCGGAGCGGACUCCGAAGAAGAAGCGCUGUUGUUGCGGCAGGAGCUGGAGCAGCUGUUGCCGAAGGGUGGAUUUAGGCUGCGCAAGUGGGUGUCAAACGCCACAGGGGCGUUGGCAGGGCUGGCUGCGGACGAUUUGGGUACGCAGACCACGCUCAGUUUCGACCAGGAGCAGGUGAAGACGCUGGGAAUAAACUGGCAGCCAGGGCCAGACGUUCUCGGCAUCGAUGUCACGGGUUUGUCCGUGAAUGGGCAAUGGACCAGACGGAAGGUCUAUUCGGUCAUUGCACAACUUUGGGAUCCAACUGGGAUCACUGCUCCGGUCAUUUCGUGGGCCAAGAUUCGAAUGCAGCUGCUGUGGGUCGCGACUCAAGGCUGGGACGACCCAUUGAGACCGGAUUUGGCCGGGAGGUGGACUGAGUUCUACCAGCAGUUGCCGGAGUUGUCGAAGAUUUCGGUCGACAGGUGCGCUUUCGUGGAAAAUCCGGUCCAUGUCGAGUUUCACGUGUUCGCGGAUGCGUCCGAAGCGGCCUACGGAGCGUGCAUCUACGCUCGAUCGAUCAGCCAGUCGGGGCUGGUCAAAAUUUCGCUGUUGGCGGCCAAGUCACGCCCCGCAGGGUUGAAAAAGGUCACCCUGGCGAGGUUGGAGCUGUGUGCAGCUUUGAUGGCAGCAAGGCUGUACCGGAAGGUCGUGCAAGCCCUCAAGAUGGAGGGCACGGAGAGUUGGUUCUGGUCGGACUCGACAGUCGUGCUGGCGUGGCUGAGGUCACCGUCGUACGUGUGGCCCACGUUCGUUGCGAACCGAGUCUCGCACAUCCAGGAGUUGACGAAAAGGCAUCGCUGGAACCACGUCAAGGGGACUGAAAACCCAGCGGAUCUCGUUUCCCGUGGAGUCAUGCCGAAAGAUCUCGUUGGAUUGCGGCUGUGGUUCUACGGUCCGAAGUGGUUGGAGUCGUUCGAGGAGUACUGGAGCAGAGUGAAGCAUUUGGAAGUCGACGAGCCUGCUGAGGAGUUGCUGGAGAAGAGAAAGAACGUGCUGGUCGUGUCUGCUUCCCCGGAACCUCACCCGCUCAUCGAUCGUUACGGCAGUUACUGGAAGCUGCUGAGGAUUACGGCGUACUGCGUGAGGUUUGUCCGGAGAUGUCAGCGUCGCAAGCAGCCCCCUAGAACCCCAUUUCUCACCGUUGGAGAUUUGAAGGAGGCAAAGUUCGCUCUCGUGCGCGGCGUGCAGCAGGAACCCUUCGCCGCGGAGAUCAAGGCGCUCGCAAACCAUCGACUCGUUCCGGCUCACUCGUCGCUGAAGCUGCUCAACCCGUUUCUCGACCAGCAGGGCAUUCUGCGCGUUGGUGGCCGGCUUGGACUCGCAGGCGAAGCGUACUCUACCCGACACCCCAUGAUCCUUCCCAGCAGCAACGUUUUCACGCGACAAAUGGCGGUCGCGUACCACGAAACUUCGCUCCACUCUGGCCCUCACUAUUGUGGCCCUGUCUACCUGAAGCCCGUACACCGUCGAGCAGCUGCGCAGAAGGCGUACAUCGCGGUCUUCGUGUGCUUCAGCACGAAAGCGGUCCACCUGGAGCUGGUGGGGGACUUGACCACCGCUGCGUUUCUUGCUGCCCUGCGUCGUUUUGUUUCUCGCCGAGGUCUACCGUCCGAGAUCCACUCGGACAACGGUCUCAACUUCCAGGGAGCAAGCAACCACCUGCGCGAGCUGUACGAGCUGCUUCGAGAUACCAAGGUGAUCACGGAGAUCACAAGCGAAGCGUCCCGCCGUGGGAUCGAGUGGAAGUUCAUCCCGCCGAGAGCGCCGAACUUCGGUGGCCUAUGGGAGGCGGCCGUGAAGUCGGCCAAGACGUCACUCGUCCGUGUGCUGGGUCAACGACAACUCACCUUCGAGGACAUGGCGACCGUCCUCACCCAGAUCGAAGCGGCCAUGAAUUCGCGCCCGCUUACCCCGUUGUCGGAGGACCCAGACGAACUGGACGUGCUCACGCCCGGGCACUUCCUCGCCGGAUCGUCGCUGCUAGCGAUUCCGGAUCCGGACUACACGGACGUUCCCACGAACCGGCUGCAACACUACCAGCAAUUGCAACAGCUGGUGCAGCAACACUGGAAGCGGUGGAGGCGGGAGUACAUCUCGCAGCUCCACAACCAGAACCAGAAAUUCCCGCGAGCAACCCAGCUGAAGGCUGGACAGAUGGUGAUCCUCAAGGAGGACAACAAGGCGGCUAUCGAGUGGCCCCUCGCGCGGAUCGUUGAGGUCUACCCAGGCUCCGACGGCGUCGUCCGCGUGGUGAAGCUGCGUUUGCCGAACGGUGCGGUAUACAAGCGUCAGUCCGCACGGAUUUGUUUGCUGCCAUUCGAGAAGGACUCGGCGGUGCAGCUCAUGAACGCCUUCAACCCUCCACCGACACAAGGCGCAGCGUAG